AGUAAUCAGUGGUUCUAUGAUCGGUGGAACUUUAUAAAUUGAGGUUAAACAAUAAGGUUAAACGAAAAUUAAUUUAGAAAUAUAGUGUUUUGUGUAUUUUGUAUGAAUGAAUAUCGAAAAUGGGAAGUUCUUCACAGUUGAAAGAAGUGUUCGAGGUGGAAUCGAAGCAUACGGCUUUUUAUACUGGAGGAAAUGUAGAAUGGCACGAGGAUGUAUUCUAUUGUCAAUCAGCAAGCUCAAUUAAUUUGUUCAAUAUACUUGAAGGAACGGUUUCGAAAACAGUUGGUGAAGAAUAUUCUGAAGAUGCCGAUUUUAUUCAAAGUUUCACUAGUGAUGGAAAAAUAAUAGUAUCUGCACAUAAAAGUGGACUCCUGAAAUUAUGGAAUGAAUCAGGUGAGGUGGAAAAGACCUGGAAAUCAAUUCAUAAAGGACCUAUUGCAAGAUUACAGCUAAACGGCAAUAGAUUAGCAAGUGGGGGCUCAGAUAGUGGAGUUAGAAUUUGGAACAUUGAGUACAAUAGUUGUGUGUUGAGUUUAAAAGGAUGUCAAGGAGUUGUCAGCGUUUUACAAUUUGUUCCAAAUGAGGAAGAAAUUUUGGCUACUGGAGAUGAUGGAAAGAUUCUUCAUUUUGAUUUGGUAGAAGGAAAAUUAAUGAAAAAAUAUGAAAAACAUUACAGCAAAGUCACUUCAAUUGUAUUUACUCAUGAUAAUACCCACUUCAUUUCUUGUGGAAGAGAUAAAGUGAUGAUAUUAUGGAAAUUCAAAGAUGAUAUACCAUUGAAAUCUAUACCAUUUUAUGAAGCAGUGGAUUCUAUUGUGAGUUUACCUGCAAAAUUCAAAGUUCCUGGUUUUAAAAGUAAUCCUGAAUAUUAUUAUAUUGCUUCAGCAGGUGAAAAAGGUGUUAUUAGAAUUUGGGACGUUUUAAAUGUAAAAGAAAUCUAUGUUCAAGAAAAUUCAUUGGUCAGUCCUGUAGAAGGAGGUGCUCUAGCUGUAUCAAAUUUACUAUUCAAUAGUAAUACAAAAACAAUUGCUGUAGUAACUGUUGAACAUAACAUAAUUUUACAUCAUCUAAAAUCCUUUGCUUGUACAAAACAGUUUGUAGGAUUCACUGAUGAAAUAUUUGAUAUUGCAUUCAUGGGACAAAAUGAUAGUCAUCUAGCAAUAGCUACUAAUUCAUGUGAUAUCAAACUUUAUGAUAAUACUUCAAUGAACUGCCAAUUAGUGAAAGGACAUACAGAUAUUGUGUUAUCAUUAUCAGUGCCUAAAACAAAUCCUAACUUAUUAUUAUCCUCAAGCAAAGAUAAAACAAUUCGAUUAUGGUUAUACUCUAUUGGUGUUCAUUGCAUAGGAGUAGGAAAACGUCAUACCGCAACAGUUGGCAGUUGCUGUUUCAGUCAAACAUCUGCAAAAUGGGCAGUAAGUGUGAGUAGUGAUUUUUGUUUGAAAUUAUGGGAUAUUCCCUCUGUUGUGAAUGAUAAAUUGGUUUCAUUGAACUGUCCAAAAACUGGAAUAGCUCAUCAAAAUGAAAUAAACUGUGUGGCAAUUGCUCCAAAUGAUAAAAUCAUUGGUACAGCUAGUCAAGAUAAGACUGCUAAGUUAUGGGAUGAAAAUUUGAACCUAAUAGGUGUGUUACGUGGUCACAGAAGGGGAGUAUUAUGUCUACGGUUUGCACCCAUUGAUAAAAUUGUAUUAACAUCUUCAACUGAUGGUUCAAUUAGAUUAUGGAAUCUAGAAACAAUGUCAUGUUGUAGUCAUAUACCUGUUCAUGAUUCAAGUGUUUUUAAAGUUGAUUUUAUAUCAAAUGGAAAUCAAAUUUUAUCUUGUGGAGGAGAUGGUUGUAUAAAAGUUGUUAAUGUUAAAGAUCAAGAAAUUCGUUUGUGUUUAGCAGAACAUAAUGCAAAAAUAUGGGCUAUAGCUGUAAAUAAAGAAGAAUCUAUGAUUGUGACAGGAGAUGCAGAUUCAACUCUUAUUAAAUGGAAGGACAUGACCAUACAAAAAAGGAUGGAGAAAUUCCAAGAAGCGGAGAUGCAAGUGGCAGAACAACAGAAACUUGAUAAUUAUCUACAGUCUCGUAAAUGGAAGAAAGCAAUUAAAUUGGCUAUAAGAUUGAACAAACCCUUCAAAGCACUACAAAUUAUAAAAGAGAUAGUAAAAACAGAUAAAAACGAUUUGAAAAUGGUUGUAGAAAGUUUAACAACAGACCAUAAGAGCUCUUUAUUCAAUUAUGCUUUGAAUUGGACUAAAAAUAAAAGGCACUCUGGAUCAGCUCAAAUAAUCUUUGAGAUAUUUAAAGAUGAAAUUCUUGAAGGAAAAUUCAAGCCGCAAAAUUUUUCUUCAAAGUUAGAAGAGUUAGAAGCAUUUACACGACCUUUUAUUCAAAUGUCAAAAAAUAAAAUGAAAAUGUGUAAUUUUUUCCAAAACUCCCUGCAGUGUAUGAAAUCUAUGGAAAUAAAAGAAUGAUAGUUUUUA